AUGCUGCACUUGGAAGAUUUUCGGUCCUCCCUGCCCAUUACACUCCUAACAUUUCUGAUUUUGAAACCAUCAGAAUCAACCUAUUUAGCUGACUUCAAGCCAAAUAUUGUUAUUUUGCUAGCAGAUGAUCUUGGUAUUGGAGACAUAGGCUGCUAUGGUAAUAAUACAAUAAGGACACCAAAUAUUGACAGACUUGCACAUGAAGGGGUGAAACUUACUCAGCACAUAGCAGCAGCUUCUGUUUGUACCCCAAGCAGAGCUGCUUUAUUAACUGGAAGAUACCCUAUUCGAUCAGGCAUGGUUUCUGAUAAUGGCAAUCGUGUUCUUCACUGGACUGCAGCAUCUGGAGGGCUCCCUUCCAAUGAAACAACUUUUGCAAAGAUACUACAAAAAGAAGGUUAUGCUACUGGACUAAUAGGAAAAUGGCACCUGGGACUCAACUGUGAAUCCAGCACUGAUCACUGUCAUCAUCCAUUGAACCAUGGUUUUGACUUUUUUUAUGGAAUGCCAUUUUCCCUAAUGAGUGAUUGUGUAUACUCAGUGCUGUCUGAGAGACGUGCAAGACUGGAGAUAAGACUUUACUUUUACAUUCAGAUUAUAGUCCUAGCUACAUUCACAUUUACCAUUGGUAGGUUCACUGGUAUAUUGUCAGUUCCAUGGAAGAUAAUUAUAACCAUUGCCACCAUCGGUUUUUUAGUUUUCCUGUUAUGGUACUUCCUUCAUAUCUUAAUUAAGCAUGGAGACUGUUUUCUGAUGAAAAACCAUACUAUUACUGAACAACCAAUGGUCUUCAAAAGAACUACCUCCCUAAUAGUGAAAGAAGCAGUUUCAUUUAUUGAAAGGAACAAGCACGGGCCUUUCCUCCUCCUCAUUUCCUUCUUACAUGUACACACACCACUUGUAACUACAGAAAAAUUUCUUCAAAGUAGCAAACAUGGAUUAUAUGGGGAUAAUGUACAGGAGAUGGACUGGAUGGUGGGUGAAGUUCUUGAGACUUUGGACAAUCAAGGUCUGACCAAAAGUACCCUAGUUUAUUUUGCUUCUGAUAAUGGUGGGUCUUUAGAGUCUCAGAUAGGAAAUGAACAGCAUGGUGGCUGGAAUGGAAUAUACAAAGGAGGCAAAGGCAUGGGAGCCUGGGAUGGUGGAAUCAGGGUACCAGGGAUAUUGCGGUGGCCUGGAGUCUUACCAGCAGGUCAUGUGAUUGAUGACCCUACAAGCAUGAUGGAUAUCUAUCCAACAGUGGCUCGUUUAGGAGGAGGAGAAGUGCCAAAAGACAGAAUGAUUGAUGGUCAAGACCUGAUGCCUCUGCUUUGGGGAGAAAUUCAUCAAUCACAUCAUGAGUUUUUGUUUCAUUAUUGUGAAUCAUAUCUGCAUGCAGUCCGAUGGCAUCAAAAGGACAGUGGCACAGUGUGGAAAGUACAUUAUGUGACCCCAAUAUUCCACCCAGAGGGUUCUGGUGCCUGCUAUGGGAGAGCAGUUUGCCCAUGUUUUGGGGAUGGUGUAAUUCACCAUGACUCACCUUUGCUAUUUGAUCUCUCAAAGGAUCCUUCGGAGACUAACCCCCUUUCAGCUGACACCGAGCCCCUAUUCAGUUUAGUAAUUGCAAGAGUAGAACAUGCUGUACAAGAUCAUCAAAGUACACUAACACCAGUUCCACAGCAGCUUAAUACUUUUAAUAACAUUUGGAAACCAUGGCUUCAGCCAUGUUGUGGUACAUUCCCAUUGUGUUGGUGUGAUUAGGAAGAUGGCCACAAAUAAGAGAAUUUUAGCAUUCUAUAGGUGACAGAAGUCACUUCAUAUCUUCAAUUAAAGUACAUAUGGAAAGCCACUGUG